GUCGCUAUGUCAUGCAGGCCAUGAAGCAGAUGGAGCCUCAAGUCAAACAGGCCUUACAGAGCUUCCCGAAGAAUGCCUUUGGAGGGGGUUACUAUCGAGGUGGUUUUGAACCAAAAAUGACAAAGAGAGAAGCCGCAUUGGUUUUAGGAGUCAGUCCCACUGCCAGUUGGAAUAAGAUCAGAGAAGCCCACAGAAAACUGAUGAUCCUAAAUCACCCAGACCGAGGUGGCUCUCCCUACCUAGCGGCCAAGAUUAACGAGGCCAAAGAUCUAAUUGAAGGCCAAACAAAGAAGUGACGAGCCUCAACGAAGCGGCUCCAAAGUGAAAUCACAUUGUUGCGUUUGAUUUUUCAAAUGAAUCCCAUUGUAUAUAGA